UACGGAUCCCCCUCCUCAUUCAGCUUCAGCUCUAGUCACAGUUUAAUACUAGAGAGACUCACUCAGUCCUCCUCGAAGCUAAAACUAAUGGCGGAAGGAAGGGAAGGCGAUUGGGAAUGCAGCGGAUGCAGAAACCGGAACUACGCCUUCAGAUCCUUCUGUAAUCGCUGCCGCCAGCCUCGUCUUCUCGUCGACACCAAAACCCCGGCCGACUCCAAAUGGCUCCCCCGCAUCGGCGAUUGGAUCUGCACCGGUUGCACUAACAACAAUUAUGCAUCAAGAGAGAAGUGCAAAAAGUGCGGCCAAACUAAGGACGUUGCAGCAAUGCCGGCCAUUUCAAUGCCCGGAACCUCUCUUCCGGGUUAUUCUAAUUAUUUGGCAAGAGGAGGACUGGAUCCGAAGAUGAGUUUCGGAGUGAUGGGGAAUGGUGGUGCUCCUCCUCUGCAGCAGCCGUUUCCUCUGAACACUAACUGGCCUGGGGCCGAUAAGUAUGGUGUCCAGCCGGGUUCUGCUUUGUCUGUAGGUGGAAUCCAUGGUGCUGGACUUCCGUAUGCCAACCCCGGUAAUGAAGUCCCGAAAGGGUUUCGCUCUGGUGACUGGAUAUGUAGCUGUGGUUUUCAUAAUUACCAGUCUCGCACCCAGUGCAAAAAGUGCAAUGCCUUUCCUCCAGCUCAUGGAAUCAAGAGGUUAGCAUCUGAUGAGUUUGUUAACGACUGGGAUAACAAGAGAUUGAACUUGGGACAUGCAAUUGGGCAGCAUCCAUCUCAUCCUGGGUUUGGGCAAGUAAUAGGGGCCAGGGGUCACCCCAUAGCUGGACCUUAUGGUCAUUAUCCCGGUCUGAACUCAGUAGGGGCUUCCAAUUUGCAAGGCCCCAUGCCAUUAACAAAGCAGGCAACGACACCUACGCUUUUUGGGAAAGGAGCAAAGCAAUGGCGUAAUGGGGAUUGGAUGUGCACAAACUGCGACAAUCACAAUUAUGCAUCUCGAUUAAGUUGCAAUAGAUGCAAGACUGAACGAGAUGCAGCUGCUCAGCCAGUCAAUGUCAUGUAGUCUUCAAUACUAAAAAGUAGUAUGAAUUCUAUUGAAAUUUUGUUUUAGUUGUACUUUGUGGAGGGAAAGAUGAACAAGGUCAUAUACACUCUGUUAGAUCUCUAUGGGAUACACUAUAAAGAUAGUAGAUUUAUAUUUCGAUCUUUAGUAGCCAAGAUUGUAAUUUACGAGUUGAUGAAUUCCUCUGAACUGAGAAAAUUUGUACUACAUAUUUGAAAACGUAAAUACAGUUUUGUAGCUUCACUCUAUAUAUUUUGAAUCAUCCACAUCAAAAAUGAAGUACAAAAUCUCUUGGCAAAAUUAGAAGAAAACUGGGUUGUGACAAUUGACUUCAUUUCUUGCGUUUGUGGUUGUAUUGAUGAAAUGGGAAUCUCAGCUCAGGAACCCUUGAGGAUGGCAGAAGGAGAAAGAGGAGCUGAGUCCAACUGGUAAAGGUUAAGCGCUGGCCCGACGAAUCUGAAGAGGAUCCAAGCUCCGAUAACAAUGAAGAUUGAAGCAUAAGCAAACUUGUUUAUCCAAUACAGCAAACCCUUCUCCCCCAGGUAAAGCUCCAAGGCCUGUUCCCCAAGGCUCAUUUCCUCCCACUUCUUCGGAACAGCAGCUUCAGCCUUCAUGAACCGUUCAUCACUGCCCUCACCCUCCCUCUGCUCCCUCUGCUGCUUCGCCUUCUUUCUAGACCUCUUCUUGAACCGUAUUCCCACGGUGUCUGUCGGUGUUGGUGCGCUGUUGCUGUCAGUGGUAUCAGGGCUAGUACUGCUGCCACCAUCACUGCUACUGCAGAUAGGAGUGACUCGGAGACGUUGUGGCCGGGUGGGUAAGAUGAUGUGGUUACAUGUAGGUUUGGCGAGGGCGAGGUUGGGUGGUGCUACCGGUUUUGAAGCGAGGAAAUGGAGGAGUUUGGCUUCCAUUGUUGUUGCAGAGUUGAAGCUGCAGCAGC